AUGAUCUUUAAGUACUCAGAAGUCCAGUGCCCAGCUGUCCACUGUCUGGCUGUCCACUGUCUGGCUGUCCACUGCCUAGCUGUCCACUGUCUGGCUGUCUACUACCUGGCUGUCCACUGCCUGGCUGUCCACUGCCUGGCUGUCCACUGUCUGGCUGUCCACUGUCUGGCUGUCCACUGCCUAGCUGUCCACUGUCUGGCUGUCCACUACCUGGCUGUCCACUGUCUGGCUGUCCACUGCCUGGAUGUCCACUGCCUGGAUGUCCACUGCCUGGAUGUCCACUGCCUAGCUGUCCACUGCCUGGCUGUCCACUACCUGGCUGUCCACUGCAUGGCUGUCCACUGCCUGACUGUCUACUGCAUGGCUGUCCACUGUCUGGCUGUCCACUGCCUGGCUGUCCACUGCCUGGCUGUCCACUACCUGGCUGUCCACUGCCUGACUGUCCACUGCAUGGCUGUCCACUGCCUGGCAGCCUACUGCCCAGCAUAA